GGCGCCGGCUACUGUGCUCCCUGGGCGAAGCUUAGAUCUCGCACCGCUGUCUUCUUGACAAUCAGCCGACGACCGAUAGCGCCAUGGCCUCACGAAGCUCUCGAGAUUUCGCCUACAGCAACAGGAGCAGAAGUUUGUACGGUGUUCUGCGAAGCCCGGCCGUCACGAGUUUCUCGGCGCAGAGCUACGGCUCCAGGCCACAAGCCAGCAUCUCCUCGCUGGGGUAUGGGCGAGGGGCUUCAGUCCUGCUGGGCCCCAGAGCCGGAGUUGGAAUUGGCUCAGCUCUCGGCUCCAGCUCCUUCUCCAUCAUGUCCGGCGGCUGUGUCACCAGCAACGAGAAGGAUGUCAUGCAGAACCUGAACGACCGGCUCAGCAAGUAUCUGGAUAAGGUCCAGAUGCUGGAGUCGUGCAACGAGGACCUCGAGAAACAGAUCAGUGAGUUGUCUUCAACUAAUACCGUCCAAGGAUUCGACUGGUCCGUUUACAACAGCACAAUCAAGCCUCUACAGCAACAGAUCGCCAGUGCCAUUAUGGACAACGCUCGCAUUGCCCUGGAGACUGACAAUGCCAAGCUGGCUGCUGAAGACUUCAGGAACAAGUGGCAGGCAGAACAGAUGCUGAGGCAGUCUGUGGAGGGUGAUAUCGGUGGCCUGCACCAUCUGAAGGAGACCUACCUGCAGCUACGGGACAGCCUGAGCUAUGACAUCGCUGGGCUGGAGGACGAGAUUGCUUUCCUGAAGAAGAAUCACGCUGAGGAGCUGAAACUGCUGCAGCAACAGAGGACCCAAGAGGUUCAUGUUGAGGUGGACUCUGCUCCGGCCGUUGACCUGAAUGUAGCCCUGGCAGAGCUCCGGGAGAAGUACACCACCCUCGCUGACAAUAACCAGGCAGAGCUGGAUAAGUGGUACCGUGAGCAGCUCUCGGUUAAAGAAGUACAGGUGACUCAGAAUGACCGGGCUCUCACCAGUAUUAAAACUGAGCAGUCUCAACUGCGAAGUAAUUUGCAAGCUCUCGAAGCUGAAUACAGUGGCUUACUCGGAAACGUGACUGCACUGGAGAACACGCUGGCUGACACUGAGGACUCAUAUGUCAAUCAGCUUCAGAGUUUACAGUUCAGAAUUCGGCAGCUAGAGGGUGAGCUGGCAAGUAUCCGAAAUGAUCUGCUGAAGCAGAACAGUGAAUAUAACAGGCUCCUUGACAUCAAGAUGAAGCUGGAGGCCGAGAUCAACCAGUAUAAAAUCCUGCUGGACGGCGGUCAACAAAGCUUCAAUACUGCCGGAAUCUCAUCAAACAUCUCCUACUCCAUAACGCCACGGGUCCAUCUUCCUCUAUGCGCAAAACCAGAAUCACCACAGAAAGCGUGACAACUCGUAAUUAGGAGAAAUACAGCCUCCGGGGUGCCACCUGAUCAGUGCACUGAGACCCGAGACCUCCAUGUUCUGCUGGGCCUUCUGCUGGAAUCUCUAUGGUGUGCAAUCUCUGGCCAUCAGCUCUCCGCUUCUGUCCUCUACCCUCUGCUCAUCGUGUCCUGAUGCUGUAGCCACUCAUCAGCCACUCGCUUUCAACCAAAUCGUAUCAUUUCUGAAUGCAACCCUCGGGUUGCCAUGGAGACUCCCAUCAGUGACUUCACCUUCACAUGCUGCUGUGUAGUUAAUGCCAGUAAUCCACCAGCCCGACAACCACCAGAAAACCCCCACCAAGGCUACCCCGCCAACCCACAACCAUCAGCCUUACACUCACCAGAACCACACCCUUAACCCUACACCCACCAAUACAACAUCAACCAACACAACACACAAAAUCCAACACUCAUCAAGACUACUCAGAACAACGUGACACAUACCAAUACAGCACCCACCAGUCCUGUGCCAGCAACCCUAUAUCCACCAACUCUACACACAUACACCAUCCCAUCUAUCAAGCAUGCUGGUUGCCACUUCCUGCACUCAGACAGUCAGACCCUCAUCACCCUUGGGAUCCCAACCAUGACACGGGUGGUUGGCAUUAACCUAUCCCAUCCACCACCUGGUCUGAUAGUGUCACUGUUUGUGGGGAUGGGCUUCAUGUGAAUUCUCUCUGAGUGGGUCCGGCCCUGAAGCCCUGGUGGGAGCCUCAGGCAGCUCAAGUACUAAACAUCUUUGUGCACAGUUGCUGUAAAUCCAUCCAAUAAAUGCUCUCC